GCGUUCUCGGAAUCAGUUCCGACAAGUUUUCAAGAUGAAGACAUUUACAACAAUUCUGGUUCUUCUCCUGGCAACAGUCGUUGCUUCCAAAACUACGGAAGGACCUCUUAAUCAUUGCAACGCUCGCAUCGUCGGCGGUUACCACGCGGACAUUGCGGAGAUUCCCUUCCAGGUGUCCCUCAUCCGUGGUCGUGGCCCGUUGUGCGGUGGAUCCCUCAUCUCCAACCGGUGGGUCCUAACGGCGGCCCAUUGUGUACAAUCUCCGAGCCAGCUUCAAGUCAGGAUCAACUCCACCUUGGGGCUAGCCCACGGAACGGUCGUCAACGUUAACAGGCCUGUAGUCCACCCAAACUACAACGCGCUGACUACGGACUACGAUUUUGCCCUGCUCGAGCUGAAGGAUGAGAUCGAGCUGACCGACGAGUUCUACGCGGCGGAAUUGCCCGAGCAGGACGAACCCAUCGAGGACGGAGCGUGCCUACAGACAUCGGGUUGGGGAAGCACUGAGAACGGGUCCGGCUCGGAAGACUUGCUCGUAACGUACGUUCCGGUGAUCAGCUGGAACCAGUGUCGCAAGAACUACCGCAAGGCGCAUGCGAUUACGGAGCGGAUGAUCUGCGCCGGAUAUGCCGACGGUGGCGUCGACGCCUGCCAGGGAGAUUCGGGAGGACCGCUGGUCGAUGGACGGAAGCUGGUUGGAGUGGUUUCGUUUGGCACGGGCUGCGGAAAGGCGGGGUUGCCGGGGGUUUACGCGAAGGUGUCGGCCGUUCGGGAUUGGAUCGCGUUUGUGAGUGAGGGUGAGAAUGAUUCUGAAGAGAGUGAAGAGUAACGUGGUUUGAUGUUUUGGGUACGGAAAAGUUACACCAGGAAUAAAGAUAUACGCAUGGAUAAGCACUUUUUUUGGAAAUUGAAACCGCGAAAACAAGCUUUUCACCGGAAUGCGAAGAAAAGAAAAAACAGAAUGUAAAAAAUAAGGUGGGAUCCUUUUCUAUCCUAUCAACUCACCACAAGUGCAAACGAGAUGAUGUAAUAUGAUUAGAAAUAAUCUUGCCAUCGUUAGUUCUCGUAAAGGUGAAUUGUCUUAUAUUUGAACUAUUAUAAAUACAUCAUCUAAAUAAAGUUUAAGCUUUUAAGAAA